GUCGCUCCGACUUCCGGCCAUCUCCUUGGACGACCGGUUGGAAAGAGUCCGGAGCUGGCAGCACCCGCGGGGCUCUCCGGGGACCGGGACUGCGGCGGCGGCCCUGCGGGCGUGAUGUUCCGGGGUCUAAGCAGUUGGUUUGGCCUGGAGCAGCCGGCGGCGGACGGCGCGCCGUCCGAGGGAGACAGGCAGCCCGAGGGAAACGCUCCACCCAAGCAGCGCUCCGAGGUGGUGGCGGAGUCCUCUGAGGAUGAGCCGCAGCAAACGGGGGACCAGGAGCUCCUUCUCGACCAGGCCAAAGGCCUAGGCAACUAUCUAUUUAACUUUGCAACUGAGGCUACAAAAAAGAUAACUGAAUCAGCGGCCAAAACAGCACAAACAAUAAAGAAAUCAGUAGAAGAAGGAAAAAUAGAUGACCUCAUUGAUAAGACAAUUAUAGGAGAUUUCCAAAAGGAACAGAAAAAAUUUGUCCAGGAGCAACAUACAAAAAAGUCAGAAGCAGCAGUGCCUCCAUGGGUUGACAGUAAUGAUGAAGAAACAAUUCAACAACAAAUCUUGGCCUUGUCAGCUGACAAGAGGAAUUUCCUGCGGGACCCCCCAGCUGGUGUGCAGUUCAGUUUUGACUUUGAUCAGCUGUACCCGGUCGCCCUGGUCAUGCUCCAAGAAGACGAGCUGCUGAGCAGGAUGAGAUUUGCCCUGGUUCCUAAACUUGUGAAGGAAGAAGUGUUUUGGAGGAACUACUUUUACCGCGUCUCCCUGAUCAAGCAGUCGGCCCAGCUGACUGCCCUGGCCGCCCAGCAGCAGGCCGCAGGAAAGGGAGGGAGCAACGGCAGAGAAGGCGAUUUGCCGCUGACAGAGGCAGUACGGCCCAAAACGCCACCUGUCGUAAUCAAAUCUCAGCUUAAAACUCAAGAGGAUGAGGAAGAGAUUUCAACCAGCCCGGGUGUUUCCGAGUUUGUCAGCGAUGCCUUCGAUGCCUGUAACUUAAAUCAGGAGGAUCUGAGGAAAGAAAUGGAGCAGCUCGUGCUUGACAAAAAGGAAGAGGAGACAACUGUGCUGGAAGAUGAUUCUGCAGAUUGGGAAAAAGAGCUACAACAGGAACUUCAGGAAUAUGAGGUGGUGACAGAAUCAGAGAAACGAGAUGAAAACUGGGAUAAGGAAAUAGAGAAAAUGCUUCAAGAGGAAAAUUAGCUGUUGCUGAAAUAAGCGAAUAAUCCCUAACAUUCUAGGUGUCCAGACUCACUGAACCAGAAGGCAGAGAAGACUAUAAUUUGAUUGAAAUUCAGAAUCGCUUCAGCCAGCAUUAUUCUUUUUUCAAGCUGAAACUUGCCUCUUCUACUUAAAAAGAAAACAAAUCUAUCUAGAACAGUUAUCCUAAUAAUCAAAAAGGGAUGUUUAACAUAAUAUUUCUUUAAUAUAAAUCUAGUUAGACAUGUCCUUAUAGUCGGUAUGGGUAUCUUUGUCACAGAAACACAAGUAAAAUCUUAGAGCUCUGUUUUCUGUGAGGUCAAAAAAUACAACAAUUUAUCCUUCAAUCCUAGUUUUGUAAACAUUUGUACUCCUUGUGAUUUCUUUGAUACGUGGACGUUAACAUGCUGAAUUGAUUACUGUGAAAGUGACCAAAUUAAACCAAAGAGCUUCAGAGGAAGUACUUUCAAAAUUAUUUUCUUGAUAGUUUCUAAAAUUCCAUGUGGCAGCCAAAAGAUAAAAUAAGUAUGUCAGUUUUAAUGGUCUGAACAUGACAAUUUGACAUUAAGAAAUACUGUGCAAAAACACUUGUUUUUCUUUGGGGUUUUACUUUUUUUUUUUUUAAACUAUACCACAUUUAGUAAUAUUUCCUAAAUUUCACGUCACGAUUUUUGUAGAAAGCAGGGCCUUGCAUCCUUUUUGUAUUAAGGACCUUCAGAAGCCUGUCCACUUCAGUGUCUCUUGUUUAAAUCAUCACCACGUAUAAAUGUUUUAGCUUUGUUUAUCUUAAUUAAACGGUCAGUCUUUCUAAGGCUGUGUUCUUCUGAGUACAACAGAUGGAGCUUUAUUGAUGAAUCCUACUUGUAUUCUGCUACACCAGCAGGCACGUGUUCAUAGAAUAUGAUGAUUUUUAAAAGACCAAGGUGCUUAAUGUCAGAAAACUUCUGAAGCAUUUGCUUCUUGAACCUUAUUUCUCUGGGAGCCUUUAUUUCAUAAAGGAGAAUAGAAUUCAGAAAUUUAUAAGAAAAAUGUACGUAUGCAUAUUCUUAGCCCCAUAAAAAUGAGUCUGUCCUCUGGGCCAAGAUACAGUCAACAGGAGAACUGGGCCCAGGGCCAAGCAUUGCUCUUCGGUUCAGUUACUCGUGUGUUCUAUGAAACCACAGGCCCCGUUAUCACGUGCUUCCACUUGCAGUACCACAGUUGGCCAUUACUGAGUUUGGGUUUAGAGACGAUGGUGACUGGCAACUUCUGAAAUACUCCCAUUGACGGGAAAAGUUGUUUUCAUAGGGUUUCCUGGAUGAAAAGAGACCUGUUAAAUGUGCGUAAGUAGCUACAAUUCCGGGCUGCAAACAGAUCAGAACAUGACAGUGCUGGGCACUGAGUAUGUGACAUUCUUACUGAUGCAUGUUGAAGGAACACAAGAGCUUCCAGAAAAAGGAACAAGCCUAAAAUGACAGUUGAAAUGCGGUACAGCUGUUACUAACAAUUUUGCAUGGUAUGCGUUGCAUUUAAAAACAACCUAAUUGCCUACUGCCCCAUGAAGAUGAAAGUGAGCACAGAUUUUACACAGACCAUCAGAAUAUAAUAAUGCUGUAUUUUCAUGGAGUCAUCCAGGAGUGAAAUGUUCUGCUUUAGUAAAUUAUACAGGUAACUGAAGUGUGAUUCCUUUAUUAAAGGUCAAGAUAAUUUGUAACCAUGUUGGGUGGGAAAUUUCUAAGUAUUUAGUACAUGCCUGGGGGUUAGCCAACAAGAUAUAUAAGCCUAAAAAUAUACAAGCCUUAUAAAGUGAAACAACAUAUUUCAUCACGCGAUGGGUAUUGUACCUUGCUACUCAGUGUGGCCUGGAAACCAGCAGCAUCAGCAACCCUGAGAGCUGGUUAGAAAUGCAGAGUCUUGGGCUGGCCCCAGACCUGCUGAAUCAGUCUGCCUGUUAACAAGACCCCCAUGAGACUGGAGUGGACAUUUCGGUUUAAGAAGCACUGCUCUAAUAUACAAAUGCUUUCCGGGCAGCUGAAGGUCUGGUGCUUUUUGCUUCUUACCCUUCCACGAAAUGUCUUUGGAUAACUGUUCUGCUAGUUGGUGUUACAGGUGUCUCCUCUGAUGUUGCAGUUGUCACCUACUGCUGACUCCCCCUUGCCACCCUACCACAAUUAAGAUGGACUAAGUUUUUAGGGAGACAAUGAAUAAGCUUUUCUAAAUCAGACAUUUCUGAUAUUGCACUUUUCAAAGGAAAAUGACUACAGGGGCUGCUUCUCUUCUAGGAGGUUCUUUGACAAUCGUUUUGCAUUGUUCGCCAGCUUUCACUUAAGUGAUUGGGCUGGAUCAGCUGAUGUGACUUGAAGUCUGAUGCUGGCUGCAGAGGUGGUACCCGUGUUUGCUGUACUUAUACCCAGGAAGUCAACCAAAUAAUAUUUGCGGUGACAGCAGCUUAUAGCAAGCAAGUAAAUCCUCAGCUGGCACUGCCAGUUGAGCCAAACGUUUUACUCCACUACAGCAAGCUCAGUUACAAGGUCAGAUACUCCUUAUACUCAAAAGUGAUGACUUCUUACGCAAAGUGGGAAAUCUCAAUUUAUACUUUUUUGAGAAUUUAAAGUAGAGAAGCUUAGCUUUUCAGAGAUAAAGCAGCAUUUAUACUCGGACUCAGUGAUUUAAGAUGCCCUAUUAUAACCAGGAUAAUUUUUCAUAAUAAA